UAGUUAUUAAUUAUUUGAUAUUAACCUAAAAAUAAUUAAACAAUUUAUAGGAAACGUGUUUUCAAAUGAUUGAUAUUUAAUGAAUUUUUAUUAAUUAAUUAAAUUAUUUAUUUAUUGACUAUUAUUAACGUAAUAUUUAUAUUUAUUACUGUAAAUAAUUGAUUGAAAGAAAUACAAACAAAUAAACAAAUCCAUGGAUUUUAACAACAGUCCAGUAGUGGUGUCUGUGUUGGCCAUCACUGGGACCACACUAUUCAUUGUCUAUAAACUAUUGUCGAAGAAGUCGGCGCCCAAACUAUUGAUAAAUCCUGAAGAAAAAUAUUGGGUGCCAUUGAUUGAAAGGGAGGACAUCUCACACGACACCCGACGCUUUCGGUUUGGUCUACCAACCGAUGAACACGUACUCGGACUGCCAGUCGGACAACACAUCUAUUUGUCGGCUCAGGUCAACAAUCAAUUGGUUAUCAGACCGUAUACACCGGUUUCCAGCGAUGACGACAAGGGUUACAUUGAUUUAGUGGUCAAAGUUUACUUCGCCAACUCUCACCCGAAGUUCCCCGAAGGCGGCAAAAUGUCUCAAUAUAUGGAGCGCAUGAAGAUUGGCGAUAAAAUUCAAAUCCGUGGACCCAAUGGUUUACUUGAGUACAAAGGCAGAGGAAAGUUGGCCAUAAAACCGGACAAAAAGAAGCCGCCAGUGCUUCAGGACUUCAAAAGAAUCGGAAUGAUUGCCGGCGGGACCGGUAUUACUCCAUGUCUUCAAUUGGUUCGACAAGUGUUCAAAGAUCAGAGCGACAAAACCAAUUUAUGGCUUAUUUAUGCCAAUCAGACUGAAGACGAUAUUUUGUUGCGCAAAGAACUGGAAGAAGUGGCCGACGAACACACCGAUCGUUUUCAUCUUUGGUAUACUGUUGACAGACCUAAAGAUAAUUGGAAAUACAGUGCCGGUUUUGUCAGCUCAGAGAUGAUUAGCGACCAUUUGCCGACUCCCGGUGAAGACGCGUGUAUCCUAAUGUGUGGACCGCCGCCAAUGAUCAACUUUGCCUGUAUUCCCAAUCUCGACAAAUUAGGUCAUUCCCCAAAUAGAAGAUUUGUUUACUAAAUAAGUUAACAAUUGCCGGUAGUUGUGAUUAUCACAACUAUUAAUUACAUACUCUUAUAUUGUAUUUGAUAAAUCAAAUACCGAUAUAUUUUUUUAGACAAAUUUUAUUUAU